CCCUCAGCUUCGUGUCUCCGGCGCCGGGCGGCCGGCGAGUCUGGAGCCCGCGCCGUCGCCGGCCGCGUCCCCCGGGCAUGGAAGGAGGCGGCAAGCCCAACUCCUCGUCCAACAGCCGGGACGAUGGCAACAGCGUCUUCCCCGCCAAGGCGCCCGCGACGGGCGCGGGGUCGGCCGCUGCCGAGAAGCGCCUGGGCACCCCGCCGGGGGGCGGCGGGGCCGGCGCGAAGGAGCACGGCAACUCGGUGUGCUUCAAGGUGGACGGCGGCGGCGGCGGCGGCGAGGACUCGGCAGGGGGCUUCGAGGACGCCGAGGGCCCCCGGCGGCAGUACGGCUUCAUGCAGAGGCAGUUCACCUCCAUGCUGCAGCCCGGGGUCAACAAAUUCUCCCUUCGCAUGUUUGGGAGCCAGAAGGCGGUGGAGAAGGAGCAGGAAAGGGUUAAAACUGCAGGCUUCUGGAUUAUCCACCCUUACAGCGAUUUCAGGUUUUAUUGGGAUUUAAUAAUGCUUAUAAUGAUGGUUGGAAACCUGGUCAUCAUACCAGUUGGAAUCACAUUCUUUACAGAACAAACAACAACACCAUGGAUUAUUUUCAAUGUGGCAUCAGAUACAGUUUUCCUUUUGGACCUGAUAAUGAAUUUUAGGACUGGCACUGUCAAUGAAGACAGCUCUGAAAUCAUCCUGGACCCGAAAGUGAUCAAGAUGAAUUAUUUAAAAAGCUGGUUUGUGGUUGACUUCAUCUCAUCAAUCCCAGUGGAUUAUAUCUUUCUCAUUGUAGAAAAAGGAAUGGAUUCCGAAGUUUACAAGACAGCCAGGGCACUUCGCAUUGUGAGGUUUACAAAAAUUCUCAGUCUCUUGCGUUUAUUACGACUUUCAAGGUUAAUUAGAUACAUACAUCAGUGGGAAGAGAUUUUCCACAUGACGUAUGACCUUGCCAGUGCAGUGGUGAGAAUUUUUAACCUCAUCGGCAUGAUGCUGCUCCUAUGCCACUGGGAUGGCUGUCUUCAGUUCUUAGUACCACUCCUGCAGGAUUUCCCACCAGACUGCUGGGUGUCUCUGAACGAAAUGGUUAAUGAUUCGUGGGGAAAGCAGUAUUCCUACGCACUCUUCAAAGCUAUGAGUCACAUGCUGUGCAUUGGGUAUGGAGCCCAGGCCCCAGUCAGCAUGUCGGACCUCUGGAUUACCAUGCUGAGCAUGAUCGUUGGGGCCACCUGCUAUGCCAUGUUUGUCGGCCAUGCCACAGCUUUAAUCCAGUCUUUGGAUUCCUCUAGGCGGCAGUAUCAAGAGAAGUAUAAGCAAGUGGAACAAUACAUGUCAUUCCAUAAGUUACCAGCUGAUAUGCGUCAGAAGAUACACGACUACUAUGAACACAGAUACCAAGGCAAAAUAUUCGACGAGGAAAACAUUCUCAACGAACUCAACGAUCCUCUGAGAGAGGAGAUCGUCAACUUCAACUGUCGGAAGCUAGUGGCUACCAUGCCGCUGUUUGCUAACGCAGAUCCUAAUUUUGUGACUGCCAUGCUGAGCAAGUUGAGAUUUGAGGUGUUUCAACCAGGAGAUUACAUCAUACGAGAAGGAGCUGUGGGUAAAAAAAUGUAUUUCAUUCAACAUGGCGUUGCUGGUGUCAUCACAAAAUCCAGUAAAGAAAUGAAGCUGACAGACGGCUCUUACUUUGGAGAGAUUUGCUUGCUGACCAAGGGCCGCCGCACUGCCAGUGUUCGAGCUGAUACAUAUUGCCGUCUUUAUUCGCUUUCUGUGGACAAUUUCAAUGAGGUCCUGGAGGAAUAUCCAAUGAUGAGGCGAGCCUUCGAGACGGUUGCCAUUGACCGACUAGAUCGGAUAGGCAAGAAAAAUUCCAUUCUUCUGCAAAAGUUCCAGAAGGAUCUGAACACGGGUGUGUUCAACAACCAGGAGAACGAGAUCCUGAAGCAGAUAGUGAAGCAUGACCGGGAGAUGGUGCAGGCGAUCGCUCCAAUCAAUUAUCCCCAAAUGACAGCCCUGAAUUCCGCCUCUUCCACCACGACUCCGACCUCCCGCAUGAGGACACAGUCUCCGCCGGUGUACACAGCGACCAGUCUGUCCCACAGCAACCUGCACUCCCCCAGCCCCAGCACGCAGACCCCCCAGCCGUCCGCCAUCCUCUCGCCCUGCUCCUACACCACUGCGGUGUGCAGCCCUCCCGUACAGAGCCCGCUGGCCACUCGAACUUUCCACUAUGCCUCCCCCACUGCCUCCCAGCUGUCCCUCACGCAGCAGCAGCAGCAGCAGCUCCAGCAGCCCCCGCCCCCGCAGCCCCCGCAGCCGCCCCCGCAGCCGCAGACGCCCAGCACCUCCACGCCGAGAAACGACGUGCACAGGAGCACGCAGGCGCUCCACAACACCAGCCUGACCCGAGAGGUCAGGCCCCUGUCGGCCUCGCAGCCCUCGCUGCCCCAUGAGGUUUCCACUCUCAUUUCCAGACCUCAUCCCACUGUGGGCGAGUCCCUGGCCUCCAUCCCGCAGCCCGUGAGCGCGGUUCACGGCCCGGGCCUUCAGGCGGGGGGCAGGGGCACCGUCCCCCAGCGAGUCACCCUGUUCCGACAGAUGUCCUCUGGAGCCAUUCCCCCUAACCGAGGAGCCCCUCCCGCACCCCCUCCACCAGCAGCUGCUCUUCCGAGAGAGUCUUCCUCAGUUUUAACUACAGACCCAGAGGCAGAAAAGCCACGAUUUGCUUCAAAUUUAUGA